CUAAAAACGGACUCAUUUACUCCAGUCGCAACGAUGUGGUCAGUGGAAGAUGAGGAGGAAGAGGACCUCAUGUUCAGCCCGGCCCUCAUGGCCAGACGGGCUAGCGAGAGCUGGAUCACCGCUCCGCCCAUCGAGACCAUACCAGUCAGCACUACCAGUCUCCAACGCAAGAAGAGUCUACCCGACUUUCAAGGUCUACCUCGAGCUGCUGAACCCAUGUCUCGAGAGGAAGCAUCCGUACUGAGCUCGGCGAGAAGAGAGGAGGUGCGACGGAUGAAUGAAGAAACUGAGAAACUUCGUGCCAACCCACUGUUGUACCUCGUCAGUCCGAGUGUUAAGGACUGGUUUUCCAGACAACAACUGGUGAUGCUCGUACUAUUUGUCAACAUCUCUUUAGCCAUCAUGUUCUUCAAGCUACUCACAUAGUAAUUACUGAGGUGUCUGUGAGACAGUAUCCAUCCGGUGGUUUCUUCAAUGGCUAGCGACAAGUAGCCAUUGGUCAUGAGACUGAUAGCGCUCUAAGAGCAAAAGACAAUUCCUCUAAGACUAUCGUUGCAGUUGCGAGCCCAGUGACGACCAAGUGUAUCGAAAGAUUUGAAAGGAUUUUUGAAGUUUUAUAUAUCGAAUGCUCUAGUCAUGCAAGCACAAAUAUAUUCACUUUAAGUGUUGGUAAUCCCCAGCAUUGUUUCUUCCACUUCUCAUGUGAUGGAGAAUUCCAAAGCGAUUGUGCCUAUUUAAACCGUAAAAAUACUACGCUGUUGAAUAUUCAGGAGGAAAUUCUAUUGAAAGUCACUAAUUCGGUUUUUUACUAUAUUCCUUCUCGGUUCGUUCGCCAAAGAUUUGUUUUUUUUACCUAUCUGUUGUGUUGUUAAUGAAAGCCGUUUUGUAUUAACUGUAUGUAUCAAGUUAGAUUUUUAACAAGAGGUCCUGAAACUCAGAGCUAGUACAUACAAGGCUGUCAAGGGAUCAGGCGAAAGCCAUAGAAAUUAUCGCUAUUUUACUCAGAUAUUUUAUAUAUUUCCUUGUAAAUAGUAUAUACGAUUUUUACAACACUCGGAAGUAAAUUGAUAAAAUUUGUUGUAUCGAAUCUCUAUGCUUGUACAUAAUCUAGAUUAGGAUUAUUACUAUUGUUACGUUAAAAUAUUUUUCACUUCAGUAAACUAAGUGAAGGAUCAGUAAUUUUGUUAUAAAGGGAAUUUUUCCAUUGCCAUUUGUGUUCCCUUUGAGUUUCCGGGGGCGGUUUCGGUGAUGAAGAAGCGUUGUGCCUUGUACUUCAGUGGGAAUGAGAGAGGUCCAACUUUUACAACUAAUUGCCUCCCAAUUCCGAAUGAUUUGUCUUAAAAGAGUUACCACUGUUCUUUAGAAUAGCUCCUUGCUUAGUUUUGAAGUGAAAAUUUAUCUCUAUGUUCAUCACGUUGCCAAUAAAUUACAUUUUUUGAACA